AUUCCAGUUCUUUGUAGCACAUCAUGUGUUGGAAAAUGUGAAAAGAAAAUUCCCGCAGAACGUCUUUCAGAUUCACUGUACCAGGGAUAUCAGACGGUAUUGGUGUCGGACAAUGUCAGUCCCUUUUUUGUAUUUGCAACAUGGGUCCUUAUUUCUGUCUCUACAUGUUAGGAGUAACUCUGAUUUCUGGGAGGUUGGUAGUCUGUGAUGGUACAUCGUCACUCUGUGGAGCUUAUUUACCUGGGGAUAUUGUCAUCGGGAUUCUGAGCUCAGUCCACUCUAAGUUCACAACGUUUUAUGCCUCAAAUCGGCCAUACACACCAUGCGCAGACUUUAAUCUAAUAUCUUUUGUACAAUCUUUGGCGAUAAUCCACACCAUUGAAACGAUCAAUAACUCAAGCUUUCUUCCUGGAAUUCGGCUCGGAUAUCUGAUGUGUGAUCCAUGUGCGUGUGCGUCCAAAGCCUUGCAUUGUGUGGAGCAUAUGCUUGCGGUUAAUGGGUCACUUCCCGUUCUCUCUGACUACUCAAACUUCAGUUCACCCGUGAAGGCAUUUUUGGGAGAAAGAUACUCUGAAUUAUCCAUUCCUGUUGCUAAACUGCUCAGUCUCUACAUGAUUCCUCAGAUCAGUUGUACUUCUUCGGCACCCAUACUAAGUGAUAAGCUGCGUUACCCAUCAUUCUUUCGUGUUAUUCCAAGUGAUAUAUAUCAGACACAGGCACUGGCAAAGCUCAUGAGGCACUUUUCCUGGGACUGGGUUGGAGUGGUGACCCUAGACGAUGACUACGGCAAUGCAGCACUUGCGAACUUUCUACUGGCUGCAGACAAAGUAAAAGUGUGUGUGGAGUUCCAGGAAGUGUUACCAACCAUUGAUACAUCUGAGCAGAGCAUUAAGAAGGUGGCCGAUCGCAUUCGAUCCUCUAGUGCCAAGGUUGUGCUGCUCAUUUUAAGAAUAAAAGUGGUGGAGAUGCUCUUUAAAGAGAUGAUUAAGACGAACACUAGUCGUACCUGGAUAGCCAGUGAUGCCUGGUCUACGGCAGGCUCCUUAAUGAAGAUGAAGGACAUAAACAAAGUAGGAAACAUCUUAGGUUUUACAUUUGCCACUGGUGAGAUUCCAGGCUUUAAAGACUAUCUCCAGAACCUGAAGCCAAGUUCAGGAGCAUGGAAUGACUUCAUCAGGGAGUACAAGCAAAUGAGAUUCAAUUGCAUUGCUGGUCAAAAUUCUGAGAACACGUAUCCAUCUGAAUGCAACCCCCAGGAGAUGAACGAUGACUUCCUGCUCAGUGCUGUGGAUCUCACAGCUACAUAUAAUCAGAGAGUUGCAGUCUACGCCAUAGCUCAUGCCAUCAAGGAAAUUCUGGAAUGUAACAACUCUGUCUGUCCUGGAGAUGCCAGUUUUCCACUAGAGAAGCUAGUGGCCAUUCUUCAUGAGACGAACUUCACCCUGGACAACCAGACAUAUUCUUUUAAUAAUGAUGGUGAUUUUGACAGCGGCUAUGAUCUCAUAAUGUGGAAAAAUGCCAGUGAUGUACGAAUACCCAAUGUGGUGGGAAAAUUCCACAUACUCAAGAACGAUGUGGAAGUCUAUGAGCACAAUAUCCCAUGGUCCAACAACACGGUGCCUUUGUCUAGGUGUUCAGAGACUUGUCCCCCUGGCACAGAGAAGAGUGUGUCAAAUAUUUCCUGUUGCUAUACCUGUACUAAUUGUAUUGAAGGAUACUUUUCUAACACGACAGAUCAAGAGACGUGUCAUAAAUGUCCAAACGGUUUUUCUUCUCUCCCGGGUUCAUCAGAAUGUCAGGAGUGGAAGGUCUGGUAUUUGAAGUGGUCUGACCCAUAUUCCAUCGUGGUGAUGAUUGGAACAGGAAUCGGCAUAUUGCUACUGAUAUUCUCAUUUGUCUUUUUCAUUUUACACAGAGACAAUCCCAUCAUCAAAGACACUUUAAUAUAUUCUUGUAUUAUGAAUUGUGGGCUUAUUGCGAGUUUUGGAGGUGUCAUCAUUUUUUUAGGCAGACCAUGCAUUCAUCACUGCAUGGCACAACAGGCCAUGUACGGUCUCGGAUUCACGCUGUGUGUGUCCUGCAUUCUCACGAAGGCUUUUCGCACCUUUAUAGCCUGUGUGGCCUACGAUCCACACACACAGCACAAGUUGCAAAAGAUUGAUAAGCCAUUUGUCAUCAUAGGCCUCCUCACUGCUAUACAGGGUCUCAUUUGCAUCUUCUGGUUUGCAUUUGAUCAGCCGGGCGUUGAGGAGACAGAAUCAAAAACUCAGCAACUUACCAUGAACCAUCUGUGUACCCAAGGUGCAUCCAUGGUCAGUUUUGGAGUGAUGCAUGUAUACAUCGCAGUUCUAGCUGUGGUGUGUUUCCUGUUGGCCUUCAAAGGCAGAGAUCAUGAGACCGAGCCUAUCGUCUUCAGCAUGCUCAUCCAUCUGUUUGCUUGGCUUUGCUUUAUUCCAGUCUUUAUCACGCAGCAUGAACUGCGGCCCAUUAUCCAGAUCUCAGCCAUCAUGGUCUCCAAUUAUGGAGUUAUCUUCUGCCACUUCACCCCAAAAUGGUUUAAGAUUAUCUCAGAAAAACUGGAACACAAAAAUGCAUUAAAGGUCACAGGCAGCCAGUCAACAGAAACUGUUUCAAAUUCAGAUAUAAGUUCUGUUUACUUGGGAAGCUCAGUGGAUUCCUUACCAUUGCCAAGCCCAAUGCCUCCAACCAUACCAGGCACUAAAGGGGUUGAAAUAUCUGGCUGGGAUAAUGGACUAAACAUAGUUGACUCAGAUGACUCAAUAACAAUACCAAGGACAACGUCACCAGAACAGCUCAUUGUUGGAGAUGAUGAAAUGUUAGAUGUGUAUAAUGUACUGAAUACAGAAAGCUCAGAGGACACAAUACCAAGCACAAGAUCAACACGAUCAAGUACUAGAGACAGUGACAUGUCCUGUUGGGAUAACGGACUAAACAUAGGUGACUCAGAUGACUCAAUAGCAAUACCGAGGACAACGUCACCAGAACUGUUCACUAUUGCAGAUGAUGCAAACAGCUCAGAAGAUACUGCAAAUACAACAAUAACAAAUACAGCAAAAUUCAUUAAUGCAGACUCUGAAAUGCCAAUCUGGUAUCACAGACAGAAUAUUGUUUCCAUUAGACGUCGGCGAACAAGGAGUUUCUAACUCACUACAACGAAUGAUGGACUUGUUCAACAAAUCAGUUAUGCAUAUGCAAAAGGGCAGUGAGACAAAAAUAAUCUAAUCCUGCAUUUUAUCAAAGGCAUUUUCUACUUUAAACUGAAAAUCCACCAUUAAUAAUUUGCAUAUUAAUGGUUUCCUAUUGGGUUGCAAUUAAACCCUAAUGGGUUGCAAUUAAUACGGGUUCCUACAUCACCCACAAUGCUGUUUGACUACCUGCUGAAAGUGGUGCGGUGGGAUUUACACCCUCUACCUACAGAAAGAGACAUAACAAUGCUUUCAUCCUUUCAGGUUGAUUUAUACUUAUGCAGGCAUGUCAGGGUCUUCUGUGUGGACACUCGUAUAGUGUGAAGCCUUCAUACGUACAUAUAACGCGUCCAUUAGUGAUGCAUGAACCACACCAGAUUUCCUAAAAAAAAAAAAAAUAUUUAAAUGUAAAAGUGAAAGCAAAAAAAGAACAAAAACAAAUGCCUUAACUUUUUUGAAAUGUUCAGGGGGAAAAGAAACCUUGUUCAUCACUUAUAAACCAAGUCAAUACUGACUGAAAGCCGUUCUAAAGUGUUUUCACUUUGCCUACAUUGUGUCAUUCUAUUGAGUCAGUCUAAACAGAAAAAAGCUGCUUCUUCUUAAGUUAAGUUAAGUGGUGCUAGUUAAGUGGUGUGCAACCAGGUUAUUCUUUUAUUUUCCCCUAUAAAUUUACUAUUUUAUUUUCACUUGAACUUUGUCAGCAGUUGAUAAAUCACAUUCCAGAAAUUAGGUCAAAACAUAAAGGAAUAAGAGAUAACUGCUCUAUAAUUUAUGCCAAAGAGAUGAUCAUACAAAAUACUAUUUAACAUAUUGUGAUGUAUAAAGGUUGUGUAAAUGUAUAAAGGUUUCUUUUAUUGUCUCUAUUUUUCUAUAAUAAAGUUAAAACAUUUAGAAAAGCAGAUUUUUAACAAUCCUAUUUAUCUUAUUUUCCUUGACCACAGUGAUAUUUAUAUUUUUGAUAGCAGGUGCAUUGAAGCUCUUUUGUAUUAUAUCUUUUUUGGAAUAUGGCGAGAGGUUAAUCUGCUUCUCAGGUCAUAUAGUAUGUUAAAAAAAAGUAGUGCAUGUAUAAGGUUGACACAUCAGAUAUCAUGUGUAUUAAAGCCAUUUAAAUUGUUUAAUAAGGUACAUUACUCUUUUAUGAUACAUUUGGUAUUAUGAGGAUUUAAUGUUAGACCAAGUUUAUCACAUACGCAAAUGAUAAAUGUUAAUAAAAUGAGUGAAGUUUUGCAGAUAUACUAUUUAUGGUUUUAUAACCUUAACAUGAUGAUACAGCACUUGUUAAACUGUCAUUUUACAGCAUUAUAUUAGUACAGUAAGGUGCUGAAGUGCAGCCAAGAUGGUGGUAAAACCCAGGCAGCAUUUCAUCGUUUAUUCACGGGUGUCACGAUAACCAGAGGAGAGAUGGGUUCAAAUGCAGCGAGUCAAAUUUAUUAGUAGGAACAGCCAGGCAGACCAAUCCAAUCCAAACUCAAGGUCAAACAGACGAGGGUCAGGUGAAGCACAAUCAGCACAAUCAGAGCAAAGACAAAGUCGAAGAACCAAGAAACUAGCAAAAGUCAAAACUGGGAUUACAAACACAGGAAAACAAAUUUUGGUAAAUGUCAAGGGCGAAUACACAAACUGAACGUUUACUU